GGCUGGCUCACAGAUAAAGACCCGAACACCUGGUAAACAAGUUUAGUGCUCAACCAGGGGGUUGUGGGAGCGGAGUGUAAUGUACAAAGUUCAUCCAUGGAAAAGAAAAAGUCAACUGUGUCUUCAGCUUCACAAAUUAUCAUCGAAACACCCCCAUCAUGGAUUGGAGUGAGACAUCUGCAGGUGGUUCUUCUGUUCCUCUGUAUGUUGUUUGCGUACAUCAUCCGAGUCAACAUCUCAGUGGCUAUAGUGGCCAUGACAGGCAACAAGCCCGAUGUUGACGAAUACACGUGGGACACUCCCACCAAAAGUUUGAUCCUGAGUGCGUUCUUCUGGGGUUACCUGGUGAUGAACAUCCCAGCAGCUGUGAUUGGUCACAGUGUCAACAACAAGAUGCUGCUGGGCGGAAGUUUCGCCUGUGCCAGCAUCCUGAGUCUUCUUACCCCUGUACUUGCUAGGUGGGGAGGAGCUACCAUAGUCAUCAUCAUCAGGGUGUGUCAAGGGCUCACGCAGGGAUUCAUGAUGCCGAUGAUCCAUGGGCUGCUCUCCAAAUGGGCACCUCCUCACGAGAGAGCCAGGUUUUCCACGUAUAUUUUAGGAGGUCUAAAUUUUGGCACAAUGAUAGUGCUCUCUUUCUCUGGACUUCUAGCCUCCAGUCCCUGGGGCUGGCCCAGCAUCUUCUACUUCUCGGGAGGACUGGGACUGUUCUGGGUCGUCCUCUGGAUGUUGCUGGGUGCCAACAGUCCAGAGGCUCAUCCCUUCAUCUCUGACGCAGAGAGACUCUAUGUACAACGUUCACUGCCAGGAACUGCAAGGGAUCAUGUUAAAAUGGCGAUACCCUGGAGAUACAUCCUGACCAGUGGGCCUGUCUGGGCCACCACCCUUGCUCAUGUUGGGCAAAACUGGGGAAUUUGGACUAUCCUCACAGAGAUUCCGACUUAUUUUAACAAAGCACUGAACUUCAAUCUCAGCAAGGGUGGUUUUCUUACUGGAAUGCCAUUCUUACUGAUGUGGAUUGUUUCUUUCCCUCUGUCCUACACGGCUGACAGACUCAUCAUCAAAGGCUACACUUCUGUAACUGUCUCCAGGAAAAUAUGGAACUCUGUAGCUCACUGGGGCGGGGCUGCUGCGCUUCUUGGUUUUGCGUUUUCCGGCAGCAACACCACAAUAGCUGUGGUACUGUACACCAUCACCAUUGUUACCAACUGCUGCGUCUACAUGGGCUUCAACGUCAACCAUCUGGACCUGUCACCCAACUUCGCUCGGAUUCUGAUGGGGAUCACCAACGGUACUGCCAACAUAACUUCCAUCAUCGCCCCUCUCUUCGUGGGGCAGGUCAUCGAUAAUGAGAGGAACAUAGGAGAGUGGAGAAUUGUCUUCAUAUGUUCUGCUCUGGCGUUCUUCCUUGCUAACCUUGCCUUCAUGACCUUGGGAUCUGGAGAGCUGCAGCCCUGGAACGAUCCAAACUUUCCUUCAAGUCUUCGCUCAGACUCCAGUAACAGUAACGAGGUAGACUGUGAGAAGGGUGCGGUGUAGAAUGUCAAGACUAAGAAAAUCCCUCGGGAACUUCGGAUUCUCCUCAACCAGGAUUGUGUGUCUGGUCUCAAACGUCUUGUGUGAAAAGUCUCAGCUGUUUUUAAACUAAACAGAAGUCGGAGACUCCACAAAACAUCAAGUGCAUGUUGUUUAUGUAUAUUAAUACUAUAUAUAAAUUAAACACUAUAUUUAUAUUUCUGCUGAAUGUAUUAUAAAAUAGGACUUUAAGCAGAUUAAAAGAAAUAUAUUUGUUUUUAAACUAAAAAACUGUAAUACGAUUAAAAUAAAACUCCCAAUAUUCCAUGUUAUAGAGCCAAAGUACAUGAGCUGUCAUUUUGUACUGGGUUGAUUGAGAUAGAAAGCUCUAGUUUCCACCGUUCAUCUUCUUUUAUCAAGACCUUUCAAACGAGGUGUCACUUAAUGGUUCUUUACAUUUAAAAAUAUUGAACCGUCCCCCUAGAAUCCAAUUUUGGGAAAUGGGCAAAAUUGUAACAGUGACUAAAAAGUUCACUUCUAUUUCCUAAAGAGGUGUCCCGAGUUCCAUCCCUCCAUCUUUAUCCAUCAAAAAAUAAACAGAGUGUAUCCAUACUUUUAACUCACACUGUAUAAAGAAUUGAUAAAGAACAAGAAAUUGUAAUGAAUUUAUCUUUAAUGUGAUAUGGAGCUGAAAGAACUCAACACCAAAAAUAAAACACAUUUAAAUCAUCA